AUGGCCCGCCUGUACCCCACAGACGCUUUCGAGUGCAACCCAGACAGUCAGCACGCCGCCGAACUCAAAACGCUCAAACUCCUCGCAAGCAACUUACCGAACGACUACGCGGUGUUCCACAGCCAGCACUGGUCCAACGCGGGUGCCAAGUUCACCCAAUUCGGUGAAAUCGAUUUCAUCAUCGUGAAUCAAUCCGGCCAGGUACUGGCCAUUGAGCAGAAAAACGGUGCACUGCAGGAAACCGAGGACGGACUGGUCAAGCACUACGGCCAAAAGCGCAAAUCGGUCAAUACGCAAAUCCAACGCAACAUCGGCGGCAUCAUGUCGAAGUUCUCGACCCAACACGGCAACGAUGCCAAGCUCGAUAUUGAUUACCUGAUCUACUGUCCUGACCACAGAGUAGUAUCGAUAAACGGCGCAGGCGUCGACAUGUGCCGUACGGUCGACCACGCGAGCCGCGAAAAUCUGACUGAUAGAAUCACGCAGUUGCUUACCCCCGGGUCCGACGAAGACACCGGCAUGCGUGAUCGCGUAUUGCAGUUCUUUUCUCAUACUCUGCACAUCGCGCCGGACGUUGGCGCAUUCGUCGACGCCCAGCAUCAAACCUAUACUCGUAUGUUAGAAGGCUUGAGUGAGGUCAUAGACCAUCUCGACUUUUCACCUUUUCGACUGCGCGUUGUGGGUACCGCCGGUUGUGGCAAGACCCAACUGACGCUACAACAAUCCAGCCGCCUUGUUGAACAAGGGCGUCGCGUGCUGCAAUUGUGCUUUAACCGCCCACUAGCGGACAAAAUGCGACGGUUGGCACCAGCGGGCGUAGAGGUCGACACAUACUAUGGCUUCUGCAAAUCGACACUGGAAUCACUUGGGACCAAAGUCAGCGAUCCAACAUCUGACGACCCGGACUACUGGCGGCGUAUCCAGGAACAACUGAUGACGCAGUUGAUUCCCGAUGAUGCCCUGUACGACGCCCUGAUCGUCGACGAAGGGCAAGACUUUCUGCAGGAAUGGUGGGACAUACUCGAGCUCUUUUUGAAACCGAACGCUACCGUAUUGUGGCUGGAAGACCCGCUGCAGAACCUGCGCAAGAAUCCACCAGUCGAGUUGCCAGGCUUCGUUGCCUACCGGGAAAAAUGUAACUUCCGCACACCAGCAACCAUCGCUCCAUUCAUCAAGUCUGUCCUCGGUGUGGAUUUCAACCAGAAGAACCAACUCCCAGGCCUGGGUGUUCGCACAGAGGCGCUCAAAGACAGUGCACACCUUGUUAAAGCAGUGGCACACCGGAUCAAUGAGCUGGUUAAAAUGGGGUUCAACCAAUCACAGAUCGCUAUCGUUUCCUGCCGCGGCAUACAAUCAUCCGCACUAGCUGAAGCUACCAAAGUGGGGCCUUACGCCCUCAAACGCUUCACAGGCGAAUACUGUAACGGCGAACAAAUAUACACGGACGGAGACAUCACCUUUGAGAGCAUCUACAGAUUCAAAGGCCAGCAGGCGCCCGCUGUGAUUCUGGUAGACCUCGAUGCGCGUCUCGAUCAAUCAGAAGUCAGGCGCCACAUUCUGUAUUGCGGCAUGACCCGCGCAACGGUGCGCCUGGAAUUGCUGUACACAGAAGAUUGCCCAUGGGCAGUCAAUCAUCCAGAGCUCAUCACAAACUCGGCCAACACAGAAGCAUCCUUCGAAGUCGGUCACGAGGUGGGCGACAUUGCUGUGCAGUUGUACGGAGAGGGCCGCGGCACCUACAUCAAGUAUGAACAAGGCAUGCCAGCCGCGGUGGCACAGACCCAGGCGUUGAUGCAGACAGGACCUGACGAGCCAAUAUUUGAAGCCACAUUCGAGUACGCAGGUGUACUGGUGCGCGUCGACGUGCUUUUGCCCGACGGCAAGGGUUGGAAAAUAGUUGAGGUCAAGUCGUCCACCAAAAUCAAAGACGAACACUACUGGGACUGCGCCAUUCAAGCGUGGGUCUUCCAACAACUAGGCUACUCCCUGACUUCAAUUGCACUGGCACACAUCAACAACCAGUACGUCUACAACGGCCAGCAGGACUACCGCGGCCUGUUGCAAGAAACAGACCUAAGCAUGGAAGUCGCAGAGCUUGUACCACAGGUGCCAGACCUGAUCGCCAAAGCCCAAGACACGCUGAAAGCCAAAGAACCCGAAAUAGGCGUCGGCCAACAUUGCACCAAGCCCUACGAUUGUCCGUUUCUAAAUCAUUGCUGGCCUUCCGACACACGCUAUCCCAUACGAGGCUUGGGUGGCAGCAAGAAAACCCUCAGCAAACUUGUAAACGACGGCAUUUGCGACAUCACCGAAAUACCAACAGACAAACUCACCAACGCCAAACACCAGCGUAUUCACAGAAUCACGUUAACAGGCGAGCCAGAACUGCUGCCCUGUGCUGCGGAAUUCGUGGCCAAUCUCGACUACCCGCGCUAUUACCUGGACUUCGAAACCAUCGGCCCUGCGGUACCGAUCUGGGCAGGCACCCGCCCCUACCAAGCUCUACCCAUUCAAUGGUCCUGCCACAUCGAACAAGCACCCGGUGAAAUGCGCCACGCAGAAUUUCUGGAUUUGUCCGGCGAACCACCGAUGCGCGCGCUGGCCGAAGCGAUGAUUCAUACACUUGGCACUAAGGGUCCCAUAUUGAUGUACACCAGCUACGAACAACGGGUGAUCUUAGGAUUGGCCGAUGCACAUCCCGACCUAGCCGAUCCGCUAAACGCUUUGGUUGGGCGACUGGUGGACCUGGCUCCGGUGGCACGCGACAACUACUACCACCCCGACAUGAUGGGCUCCUGGUCGAUCAAAGCGGUCCUACCUACCAUCGAUGCGGAAAUGGAUUACGCGAAGCUUGAAGGCAUCAAUCAGGGACAGGCUGCAUCAGCAGGAUUCAUCGAAGCGAUCGACGUCAACACACCAACACAACGGGUCGAAGAGUUGAAAACAGAAUUAUUGAAAUAUUGCCGAUUCGACACUGAAGCGAUGGUUCGCCUCGUUGAGCAUUUCGGACAGGCUUCGUAA